UUUUGUAAAACCCUAAACCUCGCCAUUUCUAGUUCCCCACCACGCCACCACCGCCGUCCCCACCUUCUCCGACGAAACCCUAGCGAUGGCGUUCCGCGGCGCAGCCUCCCGCUCCUUCCUCGCCGCCGUCCGCGGUCGCACCGCCUCCACUGCCCCGCGCGUACGCGCGGCCCCCAUUCCCGCGGCCCCUCACCGUCGCAUCCCUGCCUCAGCGCCCUCCUCCCCUCUCGCCGCCGCAAGGCCAUUGGCGGCGUUGAUGGGGUCGCCGGUGUUGGUUGCCGCAAGGCUGACGGGGCACUGCGCGGCGAGCGCGCGGGCGUGCUGUGAGCUCUCCCAGGGGAAAAAUGGGAAAGAUGGUUGACGCAGAGGACAGCCAGAAUAAUUUUGGGACCCAUUGCGUCAAAUAAUGUACUUAAAGGACGAGUUGCUGCCCUUCGCAAGGAUACAACAGUUCUUUUGGGUGCAUCUCUUUGGAAGCUCUUCUGAGUUCAGUUCGUUUUCCUGGAUUCUGCAAAGUUACAAGAAACUCCCCACUCCCAGUGCUAGCUUUUGUCUCCUAGACAAACGGACAUUCUACUUGAUAUUUAUAUAUGAUGAAUAACGUCCUUUUGAUCAGCACAUGUUUCAUUGGAUGGUUCUUGUUUGUGACGCGUGUUGAAAUCUUUAAUUCAUAAUCGGUAUCAUGCUGUUUCUCCAUGAGUUAACACUCGUAGCGAAUUUGUAACUGGGAGUUCAAUGAAAUCAAAGAAAACCCACAUGUGAUCUGUGAGUAUUAUCGUUGA